AUGCUUCUCUUCUAUUCAAUAUUCCUAUUAGUAUACAGGCCUAGUUUCUCGAGUAGAAGUGAGCCAGUUCCAAUAUACUUGGAUAAUCUUCUGAAUGCUGGCAGAACCGUGUAUGACAAUCAAUCACCUCCGAUUCAAGACAAAGAUGAAGUGACUGUCGUGGAAUUGGCAAUGUAUAUCGAAGGAAUGUCAUCCUUUCGUACACAAACUAUGGAUUUUCAACUUGAUGUUUAUUUUCAACAGUUCUGGAAAGAUCCAAGGCUAGCUCAUAAUGAAUCAAGAAGAGUUCUUGUCAAAGACAAAGCUGUUUUGCAUAAGAUGUGGCAUCCUGACGUGUAUUUUGCAAAUGCCCGCAUUGCGGAAUUUCAUGAAGUAACUCAGCCAAAUUUUCUCGUAUGGAUUCAACCAGACGGUUCAAUUUUAUAUGACACCCGCAUUUCAAUGGUCGUCGUUUGCACGCUGAAUUUGGAAAAAUGGCCGCUUGAUUCGCAGAGAUGUCAUUUACGCAUUCUUAGCUACGCUUAUACAACGGAACAGUUGAUAAUUAGAUGGAAGCAAGACGAGCCAAUAACGAGAAACCCAAACAUUGCCAUGUCUGACAUGCAUAUUGUUGAUUUAUACCCGGGCUCAUGCGAUGGAAAUUACUCUACUGGAAUAUGGAGUUGCGUAACAGCUGAAUUUUUCGUGAAACGAGAAAUCACGCACCAUGUAAUGCAAUCAUAUGUGCCAACGACAUUAAUCGUAGUUAUAUCAUGGUUCAGCUUCUGGCUCGAUGUAGAGGCUGUACCAGCAAGAGUUUCUCUUGCUAUUACAACUCUUUUAACAUUAUCAACUCAAGCAAGUGCGGCCAGAAUGGCACUUCCCGAAGUUAGUUAUAUGAAAGCAAUUGAUGUUUGGAUGGGAGCUUGCAUGAUGUUCGUUUUCGGAGUAAUGAUUGAAUUUACAAUUGUAAACUAUGCGCAAAGACAAGGACGAAAAUGGCACCGCACAGAUGCAGAACUAGUAAUGGCAUCAUCUUUGGAAUCGGUUAAAAGUGAGAAGAAGAAUUCACGUGCAGAAAAUAUUAGCGCUCAAGCACGGCAACUCUUUAAUCGGAUGAAGCCUAGCGAACGACUAGAACUUGAUGAGGUAACUACUGUUCAAAAAGCGAUGAAAGACCCUGCCUAUGAUACGGUCAGCCAGGCAUACAGUAAUAGUUUUUCCGAUGAAGAGGUCAUUACUACUCAGAAUAAGAAUAAGAAUUUGCAACAUUCACCUGAGCCUCACGAUGUUUGGGGUGAAAAGGAAACAAACUUGAACGAGGUGUGGAAAGAUCGCGAUGCGGACACAGCAGAAAGAUUGGCGAAGUGGAAUGAUAGGGAUUGCGAAGCGAGCUCACCUUUAGUUCCAAACGGUCCAACAAUCCGAUAUGGUGCAACAACGGAGUUUCGAAUUAGAAAAAGAAAAAGCAAUGAAAGUCGCAAAAAGGAUAAGUGGAAUACGACCAUUAAGCAAAUUCAAAAACACAAGAAAAUCGCUGGAAGAAAUCGAGCCAAGAAAAUUGAUCAAACAAGUCGUUGGCUUUUCCCUGUGCUAUUCCUCAUUUUCAACAUGUCCUACUGGUCAUAUUAUUUAUAUUUCAAAGAAUAA